GUUGGUUCCCCUUCCGAAAGUCUUUUAGAACAACAGCACCUUAUUACCCACAAAAUACUUUACACAAUUUUUGUGAUGAAUUUAGACAGCACGUGGUAUGCGUACUUUUUGUUUGUGUGGCGCGUUUAAAACUUUUAUGUUUAAGUUAAGUAUUUGUUUUGAAAAUUUGUCAUACUAAAAUUAAAAACAAACCAAUCACUGCAAGAUUGAGAUCAUGUCAUCUGUAAGUCCAAAAAAUCAUCCUUAUAAAGUAUGGAGCUCCGACAGGCAAACAAAAAAAGCUGUGGUUGCUUCGUCUCUAGAGGAGCUAAGAAAAAAGGGUGCCGAAAAGCUUGGUUAUGAACUCCACCCACCAUUGAAGGUGGUGUUAGAGUCUGAUGGAACAGAAGUGGAUGAUGAAAAUUACUUUCGAACAAGAAAUGAAGACACUGUAUUCGUAUUGCUCCGUGAAAAUGAACGGUGGAUCCCUACUGGUGUUGAGAUGUUAAGGGCGGGACAGGAUGUUGUGGAUGCUCCAGAAGUUUUGACUGCCAACUUUGCAUCCAAUUGUCUUGAGGAAAUAUUGAGUUACCUGAGGAAAGAUGUUGCUCUAAUCUUUAUGUUGAAAGAAGCGCAACUUGAGUUGGUUGCUGACAUGAAUAUAGAUGAACAUGCCAUUAGCCGGGCUGACAGAGACUUUCUGUUUCAUCUUCAAGGAGCUUGUGACAGAAUCCUGAUUGAUAGAAAGGAAGCUGAAGAUACUAAGACUUUACUAGGUCUCCUGAAGCAAACCUCUGAUGAAGUUGAUAGUGCUACUGCACCAAAAAGUCAAACUGAAUCCCUUGCCCAGUCUACUUCAGACUCUAAAUUAUUUAAUUCUUUAAGUAUAAUAAGAACGUGGCAGCAACAAGAAUAUGGAUCAACAAGAAAAGUAGACCCCAAAUAUGUAGAGGAAAACAAAGUGCAAACACGAAGCCAUGAUAAGUAUGGAACGUCACAAGUUGAAGAAACUGUGCAUCAAGUAAGAGGAAAGGCAUCAAACAGAAAGAAAAGUGAAACAAGACCAAAAAUAGACAGAAAGAGAAAAUGUGUAACAUCAGGCUCGUCAUCGAAAAAAGAGAGAAAAAAAUAAUAUUUAAAAAAAAAGGGUAUAUUUGUUGUUAAAACUAGGACUAAUAUUCAGUAAAGAAGCCCAUAUAUAUUUGACAGUUACAAAGUUUAUGUUUUAUCAAGUCUGCCACCAGUUCGUGUUUAUCACCGAUAAAUUAUUGCAAUUUUGUAACUCAAGCCUUUUUUGUGUUUUUUUUUUUUCGGUCUUACUUUUAAAUAAAUUCAAUGUAAUUGUUCUUUUUAGCAUUUAUAUUUGUAUAGUGAAAUUGAUUCAGUGAAACAGGCUGAAUAUUGGAGAUUAAUUUUCUUUAAUUCAUGAAAAUAAGCUUGGAAUAUGAAAGUUAAUCUUUUAAAGAUCCUAAACCAUGAGAUAGUAAUAUAUUAUUGAAAAAAAAUUGUUUUUUUUUCCUGCAAUUUAAUUUUCUUCAUUUUUUUCUGGAUUUUGUUUUGGAUAUUCUUUUUUUGACAAAUGUACGACCGUUUUAAGUAGUGAAGCCAUAGUUUACAGUAUAUAAAAAUAGCUUCUUUUAAUAAUAUAUUUGACAUUCCAGCAUAAUCUGUAUGAUGGCUAAAAACACUCACAAUAUUUCCUUCUUUCUUGACAGUACUUUCAGUGAAGGGGUAUUUGUUAAUCCUAUUCCAUUGGUUUUGUUAUCAAUAAAAUCUCGUGGCCCUUUAUAAUGCAAAACCUAUAGUUAGAAAUACUUAAUAAAUAUUCACCCUCUGUACACUAUACCCAACUUACAAAAUUCAAUUUCCCAAAUGAUAAAUUAACAGUGCUUUCAUCUUUUUUUAUGGCAGGUUUCAAAAUAACUCUACA